UGUUUCACAGUUGUUCAAAACUGAGAGCUUUUAAGGAAAUUGCCAAAAUAAUAGGAAGAAACGACGACUGUGCAUCAAAUCAGCUAAUUUGAUGCGCCAAAUCAAAUCAAAUCAAUAAAUAAAUAAGCCCCCUUCAAAAAGCCACCAAGAAUUUUUCAGCUCAGCCUUUUUCCCUUUCUUCUUAGAUACUCGGAGUAGUUUUCAAUGUCUUAUUUGAAUCAUUUCAAAAGCUGUUGUAAUGCAUAGCUCCCUCACUUCUUAUAUUAACCUAUACCCCAACUCAUCUUUUCUUCCACUUCAGACUCUUAUCUGUUUCUUACUCUUUAAAUCAAUCAAGAAAAAAAAACCAUGGAAGAAGCUCAGUAUUUGAUGUUGAUGAAGAGGAGACAGUUUUUAAAAUCCCACUUUCAAGUGUCAAUCAACUCUUUAAGUGAGACUUGGGAAGAAAAAGCUUUUGCAGAAGAUGCAGCAGGGUCUUUAGGGGGAUGUAUAUGGCCUCCUAGAUCAUAUACUUGUAGUUUUUGCUGGAGAGAAUUCAAGUCAGCUCAAGCUUUGGGUGGUCACAUGAAUGUUCAUAGAAGAGAUAGAGCUAAGCUCAAACAAUCUCUUAGUCCCAAAAAUGAAGUUGUUUCUAAUCAAAAUCAGAACCCCAAUCCUCUAAAACCAUCUGACCCUAAAUCCCCACAUCCAGCAGCUGAUUUGGCCCAUUCUUUUUCAUCUUCUAGGGUUUCAGCUUCAUCUAAAAACUUUGGUACUUGUUCCUUUGUUCAAGGACAGCAUCAAGGGCUAUUAAGUUCUUAUGAUGAUGGGGUAAUCAAUUGCAAAAGAAGAAAGAUUGCUGCUUCAACAACACUGCCAUUUUUGGUUCCAAAGGAGAAGUGUUAUUCUUCUCUUCAAUGGCAGGUUCUUGGAGUUAAGCCAGCAGUUGCAGGGUCCAUGGAGGAGUUGGAUCUUGAGCUCAGGCUUGGUGCUCAACCAAAGGUGAAGUCAUGGAAUAUGGAUCAAAGGGAUUGCAAGAGAAUGGAAUUGCUCUGAUCAGACUCAAAGAACUCAAUCUAACUUCUGAUUUUCUUUUAUGUUCAAUGGAAAAUUACAAAGAGGUCAAGGGGCCACUAUAAUUGUGCAGCCCGAAUCUCAAGUAAGAUCUAGGUGGCCUACCUGUGACCCGAAUAGGUCCCACCAGAUGAUUGAGUGUGAUCUGAAUUGUGAGAGGACAGCAACGGAAGCUCGUAGACCUAGCUCACAAGAGGAGCUCACAAGGAGAGCUCGCAUGAACCAAGAGAAGGUCGUUGUCUCAAUUCGCAUAUACCCAAGGAGCUCGCAAAAGGGAGACCGCGUGGUCUGACAGGCAACCCAGAAUAAAACACGUGUCCAGCAUGCCUGAAGUCUGCUCAAAAUGUCAGUCCUAGGAAUAGUAGGGUCAUGUCGUAAACAGUAAUAAUAUGUAUAAAUACCCAAUUGGCCUGGCCUAGGAAUAAUAUGCCGUGGCCUCAUUCCAUUUUCAUAAUCCAUACAAUAUCAGUAAGAGGAUAUCAUUUAUUCUUUUAAUCAAGCUAUGAUUCUACUAUUGUGAGCUAA